AUGCCUCGCCGAAGAGACGAAGACGAAGACGAUAUGGAGGAUGAGGAGUACGAUGACGAGCAGGACUUGGAGGACGAAGAGGAGGAAGAUGAUCGCUCCAGUAAGAAGCGCAGGAGAUCUGAAUUCAUUGACGACGUGGCGGAGGAGGACGAGGAUGAGGAAGAGGAAGAUUAUGACGAUGAGGAUGAAGAUUACGGAGGCGGAGGCGGAGGCGGCGGCGGCGGAGGCGGCGGGAGAAAGCAUAAGGCGAAGAGACGGACCGGGUCGGAGUUUUUCGAUCUGGAGGCACAAGUUGAUAGUGACGAAGACGAGGAGGAAGAAGAAGGAGAGGACGACUUCAUAGUUGAUGGUGGAGCUGACCUACCUGAUGAAGUGGAUGGUAGAGGGAUUCAUCGUCGUCCACUGCUACCUCGGGAGGAUGAGGCAGAAGAUGUUGAAGAUCUUGAGAGAAGAAUUCAGGCAAGAUAUGCAAGGUCAAGUCACACAGAAUAUGAUGAGGAGACCACAGAUGUGGAGCAGCAAGCACUUUUGCCAUCUGUUAGGGAUCCAAAGCUGUGGAUGGUUAAAUGUGCGAUUGGCCGUGAACGAGAGGCUGCUGUCUGUCUAAUGCAAAAGUAUAUAGAUAAAGGAGCUGAGCUGCAGAUUAGGUCUGCUGUUGCACUUGAUCACCUGAAAAACUACAUAUACGUUGAAGCAGAUAAAGAAGCCCAUGUGAAGGAGGCAUGCAAGGGUCUCCGAAAUAUAUAUUCCCAGAAAGUAAUGCUCGUUCCUAUAAGAGAAAUGACUGAUGUUCUUUCAGUUGAAAGCAAAGCAAUUGACCUUUCUAGGGAUACUUGGGUCAGAAUGAAGCUCGGAAGUUACAAGGGGGACCUUGCUAAAGUAGUUGAUGUGGACAAUGUGCGACAGAGAGUAACAGUGAAAUUAAUCCCAAGAAUAGAUUUGCAGGCUCUUGCCAAUAAGUUGGAAGGUAGGGACGCCCCAAAGAAAAAGGCAUUUGUCCCUCCUCCACGUUUUAUGAAUGUUGAUGAAGCCAGGGAAUUGCAUAUACGUGUAGAGCGUAGACGAGAUCAAAUCACAGGUGAUUAUUUUGAGAAUAUUGGGGGUAUGCUGUUCAAAGAUGGAUUUUUGUACAAAACAGUGUCGACAAAAUCAAUUAGCGCAGCGAACAUUAAACCAACUUUUGAUGAACUUGAAAAAUUCCGGACACCCGGAGAGAAUGGAGAAAGUGAUAUGGCUAGUCUUUCAACUUUAUUUGCAAACAGAAAGAAAGGGCAUUUUAUGAAGGGUGAUGCAGUUAUUGUCAUCAAGGGAGAUCUCAAAAAUUUGAAAGGAUGGGUUGAGAAGGUUGAUGAAGAGAAUGUGCAUAUCAGACCAGAAAUGAAAGGACUUCCUAAAACACUUGCUCUCAAUCAAAAAGAACUAUGCAAGUACUUUGAACCUGGGAAUCAUGUGAAAGUUGUCUCCGGGACUCAGGAAGGUGCUACUGGCAUGGUUGUAAAGGUUGAACAGCAUGUUCUGAUCAUUCUAUCUGAUACUACCAAGGAACAUAUCCGGGUGUUUGCCGAUGAUGUUGUGGAGAGCUCUGAGGUUACUACUGGUGUAACAAAAAUUGGGGACUAUGAGCUUCAUGAUCUUGUGCUAUUGGAUAACAAUAGCUUUGGUGUUAUCAUACGUGUGGAAAGUGAAGCAUUUCAGGUUUUGAAGGGAGUUCCUGAUAGACCAGAGGUUGCUCUAGUUAAAUUGAGAGAAAUAAAAUACAAGAUUGAAAAAAAGUCUAAUGUGCAAGAUAAGAAUAAGAAUACUGUCUCAGUGAAAGAUGUUGUUAGGAUCCUUGAGGGUCCAUGCAAAGGCAAGCAAGGUCCUGUAGAACACAUAUAUAGAGGAAUUUUGUUCAUCUAUGAUCGCCAUCAUCUUGAGCAUGCUGGCUUUAUAUGUGCUAAAUCCAGUUCUUGUACUGUUGUGGGUGGAUCACGUGGCAAUGGUGAUAGAAAUGGUGAUGCCUUUAGAUUUAAUAAUCAUAGACCUCCACCUCGUGUACCCCAGUCCCCAAGGAGAUUGUCUAGAGGAGGCCAUCAAAAUGAUUAUGGGGGAAGGCAUAGAGGUGGAAGAGGAGGGCAUGAUCCUCUUAUUGGAACCACAGUAAAAAUUCGCCAAGGCCCUUUCAAGGGCUACCGUGGGCGGGUUGUAGAAAUUAAGGGACAAUCAGUUCGUGUUGAGUUGGAGUCACAAAUGAAGGUUGUUACAGUUGAUCGGAGUUAUAUCUCUGACAAUGUGGUUGUUUCAACACCGUACCGUGAUGCUCCUCGUUAUGGUAUGGGAAGUGAAACUCCAAUGCAUCCUUCACGAACUCCACUGCAUCCGUACAGCACUCCAAUGAGAGAUGCUGCAGCAACGCCAAUUCACGAUGGCAUGAGGACGCCAAUGCGUGACCGAGCAUGGAAUCCUUACACACCAAUGAGUCCACCAAGGGAUAAUUGGGAGGAGGGAAACCCUGCUUCCUGGGGAACCAGUCCACAAUAUCAGCCAGGAAGUCCACCUUCACGUGCUUAUGAAGCACCGACACCUGGUUCAGGCUGGGCUAGUACUCCGGGUGGCAACUAUAGUGAAGCUGGAACACCACGAGAUAGCAGUUCUGCCUAUGCCAAUGCUCCAAGUCCUUACCUGCCAUCUACUCCAGGUGGGCAGCCUAUGACACCGAACUCAGCCUCCUAUCUUCCUGGUACUCCUGGAGGGCAACCAAUGACACCAGGAACUGGUGGUCUGGAUGCUAUGUCUCCUGUUAUAGGAUCAGACAAUGAAGGUCCAUGGUUCAUGCCAGACAUCUUGGUUAAUGUACGGAAGUCAGGGGAGGACUCUGGCAUGGGAGUUAUCCGAGAAGUGCUUCCGGAUGGAUCUUGUAGAGUGGUGCUUGGGUCGAGUGGUAAUGGUGAUACAAUUUCGGCCCUUCCCACAGAAAUUGAAAUAGUUGCGCCGAGGAAAAAUGACAAGAUCAAGAUCAUGGGUGGUGCACUGCGUGGUGCGACUGGGAAAUUAAUUGGUGUGGAUGGUACGGAUGGAAUUGUAAAAGUAGAUGACACACUGGAUGUUAAGAUAUUAGACAUGGUUAUAUUAGCAAAAUUAGCACAACCAUGAUAGGCCAUUAACAUGGCAGUAAACUAAAAUUCAUAGUGUAUAUUAUUGUUCUUGAUGCUUAAUUUUGAGGAUUUCCAAUCAAUAAUGAAAGCUCCCUCUCAUUUCAAGUUA